GGCUUCAUAGCGGCCCCGUUCUUAGCGACGGGCGGCCGCUCUAGGCAAGUAGUGGGUGCGUCAUUUCGAUACAACAACACAAAAUUCCACCACUUUGCCGACUUCGUUUCAAAGUUUUUGGCUGAAGCUCGCUGUACCCGGCGAGGUGUGAUGCCCGCCGGCCCGCGCGGACGCUCACAAGAAGCCUAAUGCGCCACCGCGGGGCAGGCGAGACGCACACGGAGCCCGACCGAGGCGGGGGCGAUGCUGCCGGGCGGUGCGUCCAGGCAAGCAAAGGGGCUCCGUACGUGAGUAGGCCGCCGCCGCCGCCGCGACGCACCCGCCCGCCCAACGCCGCCAGCGUAGCCUCGCCGCCGCCGCACACAUGCACGCCAAGAAGCGCUACCUGCUGCUCGCCAUCGCCGCGGCCGCCUGCUGCCUGGCGCUGCUGUCGGUCGCCACGCUUCUGGGCGCCGUGGCCACGGGCGCGAGGUCGCGCUGGGCCCCCCGCUCUCGCCUAGCGCAGCAGCGGGGCCACGCGUGGCCCCGCUGGGAGGGGGCGCCGCUGCCGCCCGCCUUGCUCGGCGGCAACAGCGACGGAGCGGCGGGGCCGUCGUCGCCCGGUUCGUCCUGGGAGGAGGAUGACGACGAGGGAGGAGGGCAGCUGCAGCAGGGACACGGGCUGCACGGGCAGCAGCAGCAGCCGAGGGAGAGGCACCGAGUGUCGCGGCGCGGCAGCAGCGCCUACCGGGGCCGGCGCUGCCGCAUGGAGACGUGCUUUGACGCGACGCCGUGCCAGAAGCACGGCUUUUCCGUGUACGUGUACCCGCGCGCAAAGGGCGACAAGGUGUCGGAGACGUACCAGAAGAUCCUCACGUCCAUCGAGGAGUCGCGCUACUACACGACCGACCCGAAGAAGGCGUGCCUCUUCGUGCUGGGCAUCGACACGCUGGACCGCGACCGCCUCUCGCACCAGUACGUGCACAACGUGCGCGCACGAGUCGCCGCGCUGCCGCACUGGAACGGCGGUCGCAACCACCUGGUGUUCAACCUGUACUCGGGGACGUGGCCCGACUAUGCCGAAGAGGACCUGGGCUUUGACACGGGCCAGGCCAUGCUGGCCAAGGCGAGCGUGAGCGUGGACAGCCUGAGACCCGGUUUCGACGUUUCGCUGCCGCUCUUCUCGCGGGAGCACCCGCGCACAGGCGGCGAGCCGGGCGCGCUGCGCGCCAACAACGUGCCCCCGGUCCGCCACCACUUGCUCGUCUUCAAGGGCAAGCGCUACCUCACGGGCAUCGGCUCGGACACACGCAACGCGCUCCACCACGCACACAACGGCCGCGACGUGCUGCUGCUCACCACGUGCCGCCACGGCAAGGACUGGGCGAGGCACAAGGACGCGCGCUGCGACGCCGACAACGCCGAGUACGAACGAUACGACUACAAGGAGAUGCUCUACAACUCCACCUUCUGUCUUGUCCCGCGGGGCAGAAGACUCGGAUCCUUCAGGUUCCUCGAGGCUCUGCAGGCGGCGUGUGUGCCUGUGCUGCUCAGUAACGGCUGGGCCCUGCCUUUCUCGGAGGUCAUCGACUGGAACAAAGCGGCCGUCAUCGGAGACGAGAGGCUGCUCCUCCAGAUCCCGUCGACAGUGCGGUGGCUCGAUCACGACCGCGUGCUUGCCAUGAGGCAGCAGACGCAGCUCCUGUGGAACGCGUACUUCUCUUCCAUCGACAAGAUCGUGCACACCACGCUCGAGAUUGUGCGGGAGCGUGUGGCCGGAGUGGCAGUGCGCCCGGCGCUUGUGUGGAACCACCCACCCGGCGGUCUCCACGUGCUGCCCGGCUUCUCGUCCGCCCUGGCGCACUACCCCUUCUACCACGCCUACCUGGGCCAGAGCCCCGAGGCCAAGUUCACCGCCGUGAUCCACGCCACUUCGCCGCUCCUCGUGCAGUCGCAGCCGAUCAUCAAGCUCAUCCAGGCGGUCGGCAAGUCCAAGUUCUGUGCCCAGGUGCUCGUCCUGUGGAACUGCGAUCGUCCACCACCCGCAAGAAGCCUCUGGCCAGUGCUACCCGUGCCGCUCAUCAUCUCAGAGCCAGUCGCGAAGACGAUCAGCAGCCGCUUUGUGCCGCACGAGGCCGUGACGACAGACGCCGUCCUGAGCCUCGACGAGGACACCGUGCUGUCCACGGACGAGGUGGACUUUGCGUUUGUAGUGUGGCAGAGUUUCCCGGAGCGGAUCGUGGGAUACCCGGCCCGGAGCCACCUGUGGGACAGCAGCAAGAGCCGCUGGGGAUACACGUCCAAGUGGACAAACCACUACUCCAUGGUGCUAACGGGAGCCGCGUUCUACCACCGAUACUACAACUACCUAUACACGCACGCGCUGCCGGCAUCGCUGCGGGACAUGGUGGACUCGCUGUCCAACUGCGAGGACAUCCUCAUGAACUUCCUCGUGUCGGACGUCAUAAAGAUGCCACCCAUCAAGGUCACACAGAAGAAGCAAUACAAGGAGGCCAUGAUGCAGGGCUCAAAACUGUCACGCUGGGCCGACCCAGACCACUUCGCUCAGCGGCAGAGCUGCAUGAAUGCGUUCGCCACGUGGUUCGGCACCAUGCCGCUGCAGCACACACAGAGCCGCAUGGACCCACUGCUCUUCAAGGAUCAGGUGUCUAUCCUGCGCAAGAAAUACCGUGACGUCGAGCGCCUCUGAGCCCCCCUCACCACCACCUCCAGGCUCUCUCGCUGGCUCGGUCUCGCUUACCGGCUGGCCCCGAGGAUAGCUCGCGGGUGCACAGAGUCUCGUUCACUGGCUGGCUCAGUGGAAGGCUCGCUGGCUAGCUCCGCUAGCUGGCUCGGUGGCAUGUCGUCUCUCACAUGCUGGCUGGCUCAGUGGCUCGUUGCUUGGGCUCGGUGGUUAUUCCGCGCGCCCGUUGGGCCCUUGUGGUGCGGAGUCUCCGUAUCGGAGAAGCCGCUCCUGAUCCGAGGAGGAACGGGAGGUUGGAAGCCGCAGACUAUAGACAAAAAGGACUAUGGCUGACCUCCCAACAUAACUAAGCGAGCCCAUCGACCAAUCAUGUGAUCGCACACACACACCCGUCGACCAAUCACGUGUUUGCUUCGAUGGACCGAAGGAAGAGAAUCGAACGGUUGUGUUUUUUUUUUACAAAAAAAUGCCAAACUAUAAACAAGCCUGAGUGGAAGUGAGCGUGCUGACUUACUUGACGCUGAACUCUUGAGGUACACAAAUCAGUACAAAAAUAAUAGUUUUUACUAUGACAGUUUGUUUUCUUAUUUACGUUUUUAUUUUACAAAAAACUGACAAGACGAAAAUGCAAAAAAAAAUUAAAUGGUACCUUGAAGAGGGAAAAGCACGGUCGUAUAAUUUUUUUUAAACUUAACGUGAAAAAAAUCACUUUAACACUAGAAUUUCACUUUUUUGACAAAGUCAAGAAAUAAUGAAACACACCUGUGCUGUUUGAAGUCCAGUGACGAAAGUUGGGGUCACUUUCAGAGAGCUGCGCUGCUAGCUUCAUUAUUUAAUUACAGUUUAUUUGCCCGUUCAUCUCAUGCAUUCCUUACAAUACAAUUUACAGGUAUCUUGCAAAAACAAAAAUUCCUGUCUGUUGAAACAAAUGUGUGCAGGCCGAGGUAAUAAUCAAAGCAUAUAUGAUCUCCAUUUGUUUUUACCAACUUAGGUUGCAUUGCAUCAUGGGAGACGUGAAAUAAUGUUUGUGGUGCACACCGGAAAUACGGUGUGGCCUCUAAAUAUAAUCAUGUUCAUGUCGGUAUGUGUUGUUUAAUAAUAAUUGUAUAAACUGAGCCACUGGCUUGGCCAGGCCAGUUUUAUAAAUCUUUUUUUUUGUUAUUACGAUGCUGGCAAAACGAUGUCGAUUUUAGACUGUUUAGCAGAUGACUGGCUUGUAAUCAUGUCCUGCAUGGCUUCUUCAUACUCUUGAUAUGAUGCCAGUCUUUUUAAGUUAUCGGUACUGCUCAUUUACAUAUUUAAUUUCGUUUUUACUCUUGUAGUUGUUACAAUUGUAAAGAAAUUUGUGAUUUACAUUCGUUUCGAUACAACAGUUCCGGCCGUUUAGUUAUAAUUUUAUUUUUGUUCUAUUACUACAUUUGUAUUCGUUAUUUUGGAAAUAAGUUAUUGAUAAUUUUGUUUUUAAUUUUAAUACCAUUACGGUUAUUUUAGGCACCAUGAAUCUGAAAAAUGACAUUUUUUAAUAUAAAUAUUGAAGAUGUCAUUGCCAUUAUUAUUAUUAUGGCCUCAGGCCGAAGUAAAUAAUUUGCCUUGAGUGGAGGUCUUUCAUUCAGGACUUACCGUCCUUGAUCAGAGAACUAGACAAGUUUGAGAAACAUGGUGUUUAAAUCGAGUGUCAAUUCUUCAGUGACAACUGUUAAAAUCACAACAGACACAAAUCAUGGAGCAUUUGUGCAUCGACCAUGAUUUGAAAUGCAAUGUUUAACAUUGAUUUUUUUAUAUCCAUGAUUUCACUUUCAACCACUGUCACUUUCAAUAGCACAGCUUUCUAGCUAGUUGUCUGCAAAACUUAAAGGGUUAAAUCACAACGGUGUUGAUGAUCAUCACCGGAUUCGCUCAAUUGCCGUCCACACUUUCCCUGAAGCGAGCAGCCCAUCGCUGCUUGUUGGCAUCAAUAUGGGAAGGCUUCCGUCCACCAGCGGGUUGAGAAUAGACGGCACCGUUCGUGGAGAUGACACUUGAGUGCAGUGGAGGUUUAAUACAGGUAGGAACAACAGUUCCACACUGCCCACCAGGGAUUAUUUGUCUAUCUGUCGUGCAUAGCCACGCCCUCGAUUUGUAUUUCAUAGAGCGCUUCGGGCGGGCUCAGCACCACGUGACGCGUCGCCCCACGCAGCUUGCGCCGCGUGACACGGAUCGCACGAAUGCGCUGUCCAACCAAGUUCCUACCUGCCCACUCCGAAGGAACGUGUUAUCUUGCCUUUCGGCCACACGGCUGGUAGGGUUAGAUAUGUGACCACAUGACUGCCCAAAAUUACAACCUUAUUGGCCCACUAGUUAUUUGAGCAUUUUGGUGUCUGGCUUGUCUCUCUCGUUGAGUAGACUUGUCUGGUGGUUCACAUUGUCUGGUUGGUUGACCAAAUAGUCGGCUAGCUGGCUGUCUGGUGGAUAAUAACUGAUUGACCCUCGUUGACUAGUGGGAUAAAUUAGUUAUAUGGUUGGCUGUCUAAAAGGUGGUCCUGUCAGAUCAGCCAACAUAUGAGUGGCUUUAUUGGCUAUUUCAAUGAUCUAAAAGCUUUAUUGGAGAUCCAUCUGCGUAACUGUCUUCUUGAAUCGUUUGACAGUUGGCCCACUGGUUGGCUAGGUGGUUGACUGGUCAAACGACUUUACUGGAUGCAUUUUGGAUCAAGUAAAAGCAAAUCUGAAAAAGGAUAUCAUAAAGGAGACACUAGCGAGGCAGCGUUCGUACGCCAUAAAACCGUUUUUAUUUCGUUCUGGGUUAUUUUUAUUUUUUUUACGGUCCAUCAUUGCAGAGAGCAGCUUGCUUUAUAGGUUCCAGAGUGAAUUGAAACUCAGAAAAUGGACUGGUCUUACCCAGCUUGUCGGUUCUAUGCAAGCAUGAAGGUUGCGCCCUCUCGUGAAGACAGUGCUUCAAGCUCUCCAGUCUCAACGCUGCAUGAUGUGAAAUGCGCACAAAAAAAAACGAAUGGGGGAAACAUUGCUCGUUGAACAAAAACCAACAGUGGUGACGUUGUGUGCAUUGCUGAAGGAGGAGUGAUACGUUGGCGACUGUAAAAAUCAUGUUUGCUGGAAAAUAAACAAAUUGAAGCAAAAUUUGAAAGGAAAAUAUGUAUACACACACACAUUGUACAUUGUAAAUACCGCAUUAUGUAUACUGUAUAGUGUAUGCUGUAUUUGUGUAUAUAGUGUGUAUAUAUGACACGUAGUGUGUGUACACAUAUACAAAAGCAUAAAGCGCUGCUUCACAAAGUGAAAGGCAGUACCAUACCACACAUACUGUAUGGCAAUUAGACAUCUUACAAUGUAUUUUAAACAUGCACAGUGUGUAUGUACGUUCCGUUGAUGCAGACGUUCCGCAAGGUGUCUGUAAAUAGAUGAUUGCAUUUGAAGGUAACCCAGUGUACGGAUCGUGGGAAUAUUAUAGACAAAAUGCAAAUAUGACACGAGUACAAUUACCGCGCCUACAUUGACGGGCACACUUGCACACAUAAACACCGCCGCGGAUAACGGAAUUCAGGGACAGGUGGUGAAAACGCCUUAAAAUAAAGCUGGUCGGGCAAAGUUCUUUCCAGAGAGGACCUUUAAACGACAGAACACUUUGAAAAUACGGACAAAAGCCAACGGUUAUGGAAGUGAAAUUAAAGAGCACAGAAGAUGCUUCCGUCUUGGAUCCAGUUGGCUUUGUCAUCAACGUUAUCGUUAUCCUCGUAAUCUUCAUUAUUGUCUUGUCAUUAAAUAUGUUUGUCCUACACUUGCAUUGAAGCGCACCCCCGCGAUGUUUCGCCUGUUCCGCCUGUUCCCAAGAGGUUUUCACGAGAUCCUGCCACUUUUCCGUGGCAAUUCAAAUAUUCGCGUAUGUCGGUUGGUCUGGAAUAAGAAGUGAGUUGAUUCUGAUUUACAUACUUGGGAAUACAGUUUGUGGAGUAGAAGUCAUCGGACACUGCCAGCCUCACACCAACAACACGGCUCCAACGAUCCUUCCGCUUUAUAACUAUUGACUUAUUAGGGUGCCUUUGUUAUCUCCGUGUCGGGCAAUUUAACUCGGCCAGAGCAGUCGGUACAAUAUUAAGCGUACACACAUUGUUUAUUACCACGAAUGUGUCACGGCUGUAGUUAACAUUUAGUUGCAGUUGUAAUGCCGAAUAUUGAUAUCGUCUCAAAUUAAACUCGCUCUAAAUAGAGAAACCCGGAGACGCUGCCCUCACUCAGUCUCAACAGUCCAUGAGACGCAGUGCUCGUCUCGUAUAAUUAGAUAUCAUUUCCAAGUUACCAGGAGACCUAGUUGGUCUCAGUUCGAGAUGAGAACACUAACUGGUAUGGUCUUGGACCCAGACUACCAGGGUCCCUUGCAAAAGGCACACUGACCCAUCAUCGGACUUGCGUGGUUUAAAUAAAGAACCCAACUUGACUUUAAAGCCACCCGAGGAAGUUGGUCAUAGUGGCACCAGGGCUUUGUGCUCUUGCACGAUUGAUCAGAUUUCCUUUGGUGGACAGGUGAAUUGACCAUCGCACAUUUAAGUGAGACCUAGGGUUGUCGGUGGCCCUGUGCUGUGAUGCGCGCCAUUGUGGAUUUCCCCGUCCACGUUCUGGUUUAUUAACGGGACCCACUAGGUCCCCGAAGAGGGAUUUAUUCCAUGAUAUUAUGAUCAUCACUUGUUACGCUGGGUUCGCUGCAGGCUUCACAGGUGGUUGGGGGGGGCUUCACCUAGGUCACAGUAGCCUUAAAUAAGCACCUUGUAUGUGUGUGUGUGUCUUUGUGUGUAUCCGUUGAAUGGGGGCCAGUCCAAAUGUGUUGAAAGCUAAACUGUCAUCCGUGCCCCUUUCAUAGCCAAUCAACUAUUUCAAAUUAUUUGGUGUUCCUGCGUUUGGCAGUGUUGCACAAGCACAAAUAACAAAAGCGCUCGAUACAUUCGUCAAUAACAGAGUGGCCUUAAAAGAAAAACAUAAUAAUAGGUGGCAUUUCAGGCAAUGGCCCUUCAUAGCACAUCAUUUUUUUUAAAGGCCACUGUUAUUGACGAAUGUGAGUGUUAUUUGAGUGAAAGUGUAUGGGAGCAGACUUUAUUGGUGUAUACUGUAUCAGUGCUCCUCAUUACCCAAAUAGAGUAUGUAUUUAGCACAAGUCACGUUUGUAAAACAUGCAUAACAAUUGAAGUCAAACCAUAAAUACAAAAAGGACCAACCAGAAAAUUAAGCAAGCUGGAAAUGAAAAUUAAAUGCAUAUGCAUGUCCUUUGCCUUGCAGUAUUUAAGUAGCACACUGUUCGCUAGCCGGGCAAAGUCAUUUGCAUAUUUGCAAAUGCUUGUUAUUUUUUCUCUGGUUUGAGUAUUCCAAGUUUUGAGCAACGGGUUGAUCAAUUUUGGUAAAUCGCUCAUAGCAACACAACUUUAUACCACAAUGUGGUUCGUAUUGGAUCAUGUGUACAAGAAUUAUAGUGCUUCCCUUUUUUUUUAUUACAGGACGUAUGGAGCUAAUGCAUAAAUGAUUUCAACCCGAGUUGGAAAGCGUUAAACAUAUAAAAUAUCAGUCUCACUCCCACUCCUGCCACACUGCCCCCAAAACAAAUGAAUGAAAAAUACAUGACCGUAUUUUUUUUAUCGGUUACAAAAAUCGAAUAUAAAUCAAUUCUAGUCACAUGACGCGCUCGAGAUACUCACCUAACUCAGAGCGAUGCAGAGGAUCAAACAAACGAGAAAAAUGCAAAUUUCUCACUUCAUCUUGAAUAAAAACAACCACACUUAUCGUGGUUUGCACACAUUGUGUGGGAAUUAACUGCGUACGUCCUAAGUUGCUUUUAUCGUUCGUAUUUGUUUCUUGCUCUGUUCUGUACAUUUGACAAAAACCAUCCCUAAAAAAACUGACGUUUAAGUCUGCCACGACUCCAGAAUAUUUAUAUUUUUUAUUUCCCCCUUCCCCCGCCUCCCAGCUGUGGAUUUUGUUGUCUUAACGACCCACUUAUUGUGUAUAAUAAUGUUGAACCUUUAAUAAAGUUUCAAUGUUUAAAAGUU